UACAGAGGAAUGGGAGGAGGGAGGAAGGGGGGAGUGGGGGACAGGAAGCUGCUCUGGGCUCGCGUGGAACAGUCGCCUCACUGGCCCCCCGACUAGGCCAGAGCACUCAGCAUCCGACUCCACGCUCCUCCGACUCUCACCUCUCACUCACCCACUGAGACGUGAGGCAUAGAACCCAGGACAUCACAGCACCCCCGCAAGAGCAGAGCGAUGGGCUGGGUGGGCGUGGCGGCGGCGUGGGUGUGGGCGGCAUGGGUAUGGGCGUGUGUGAGCGCCGUGCCCGUGCCUGGGAGCUACUUCACCGACGAGGCCGCCGCUAGACUCCUCCACUACGACCUUCACUCCGGCGACUGCGUGCUCUUCGGGGAUAGACGCAUCGUGGACGAGAUCAUGCGGGAGUUAGCGGCCAGUGAGAGUCCCGUAGCGGUUGUGGAGGCGGCCGAGCUGACUGCCCUCAUCUCGGCCUGCUACGACCGCUCCCGCCACGACAAGCGACAACCAGCCCCGCGCGCCGAGAACUUCCCGCACAUAAUCUACCCAGGGACGAAGUGGUGCGGGACAGGCAACGUGGCCGAGGGCGUAGACGACCUGGGCUCUUUCAAGGAGGUGGACGCGUGCUGCCGGGACCACGACCUCUGCCCCGAAGACCUGGAGCCCGGCGAGACGAGGCACAACAUUACCAACGAGUCUCCCUUCGUCCUAUCACACUGCGACUGCAACGAAGCCUUCAGGAAGUGUCUGAAGACCGUAGGCACCGAGGAGGCCAAGGAGGUGGGCUACGCUUACUUCUCGACGGGGCUGUUCCAGUGCUAUAAGCUCGCCAAGCCCGUCAAAGGCUGCAAGGAGUGGACUGGCCUCCUGACGCAAGCCUGCCAAGAGUACGAGUUUGACGAGACCGGGAACCUCACUUGGCAGAUGCUCGACAUGAAGACGUUUGAAUAGAGCCGAGAAGACAAACGAACGGAAGAGGGGAGGCUGGGGCUGGUCCGUGGCAGAGCUUCCUUCGUGCUGGAGAAAGAAAAAGAAAUGAUGCUGGAAAAAUCUCGUGCUGGAGAACAAGGGGAAAGAAAUGAUGAUGAAAGAGAAAGAAUGGUGGAAAAAAAGGAUGUUGUAUUUGAUUAGCAUAAGGACAUACACAUUGCCACCUACAGCGGAAGUUAAGUGGAGGCUUUUGAAGAGAGGAAAACCUAACAGGAAAUUUCUGAGCCUGGUUGGUAUUUGAUAUAACUUACAUGUGCUGGAAGGAACAGAAGCCACAGGAGACAGUGAUAUAAAGGAUGAAGAAGACAGAAGAAGUUGAAGACAUUACUGAUAAUUACUCGUUUAAAAAUAGAUGCACUGAAGAGGCAGAGGGAGCAAUAUAUAGUUUUUUUUAAUGAAAUGAGACAUGAGAGUCAUCACCACCUAACUAUAUGACCAGGGAAGGAAUGGGAGGUCUAGGAGAGUCAUUAACGGAUGCCAAAGUAGAUGUAGGAUUAAGGAGCAUGGGUACGAAGGAAAGGAAGACAGAACACGGCAUGGAGAAGUCAUCACCACCUAACUAUAUGACCAGGGAAGGAAUGGGAGGUCUAGGAGAGUCAUUAACGGAUGCCAAAGUAGAUGUAGGAUUAAGGACCAUGGGAGUACGAAGGAAAGGAGGACAGGGCACGACACGGAGAAGUCAUCGCCGUUUAACUAAUGACCAGGGAAAUAAUAGGUGUUAGGAAGUCAGUUAUUGAUGCUAAAGUAUUAAGCAGGAUUAAGGAGCAUGGGAGAAUGAAGGGAAGCAAGGUAGGUAGUCGGUAAGCCUCCACGUAGGAAAUCUUAACAUCGCUAACUUUUGAAGGACUAACCACACCCUCACACCAUAGACUCACAGGAUCAAGCGCGUUAGUCUUCUCGAAAUGAUUAUAUUUUCAUUAAGAUUAGCACCGGUUUUACAAGCUUUGGUAACUUGUACCUCUAAUAUUAUGCCCCCAUUAGUCACCUGUGGCACCAAAGUAUUUUCAUAUCUCACUUUUCAACUAACACACGCAUAGAUUUCUCCGGCAAACGAAGCUCUUUUUCGAGAACCAUUGCUUUUUGCACAUCUCGACCAGCGUGUAUUCUCGAGCAUAGACUGAAUUAGUGUGUUGUGUGUAGCAUAGUGGCUGGCGGCUUGUUGGUCUGUAGGGGUUAGCUCUUUUCCAUCUCAACACUAGAAAGGACCACUAUUAAGAGCUUAGUGUGAGUUCGCUUAUUUUCUCGUUCCAUCUCUGGUAUCGAUCCACUAUCAUUUAUAUAUUACUAGUCAUAUACUCUCGCCAGAAAGCCAUUAUUAACUGUUAGGAGACACUGCAUAGGGGCUACUAUCACCAAGCAUUGUCGCCAGUGUCCCAGCUAAGUGCCAAAAGGUUGUUCUUAUGUAUUGGGAGAUGUUUUAAGCUGAAAUGGGUGUUAUAUUAAGAGUGGCAUCUAAGAAUUAUAUAGCCUAAUAAUGCACACGGAAGGAGUGGAGUAGAAUAUGUAAACAGGAGCAUAAAUUUAACGUUUGAGGCAACACACACACACACACACACACACACACACACACACACACACACACACACACACACACACACGGCACGGGGAGAACACGGUAAAAGAUGAGAAAAAUGCACCCUAGGACUGAGAUCUUCGCUAUGAUGCAGGAUUAAAAUUAAGUCAUUAGCGCCUCAAGGGGCCGCAGGAGUCUUCAGAAUUAGAGGUGGCGGCGAAGGUUUAAAAAGUACGGAAUGUUUAUUUUUGUUGUGGUAUAUUCUUACUUUGGUUCGUUAAUCAGCUUGUCACUUAUAAAUAUCCUCUCCUGCCGCUGGAUUUACUUUACAUCGAGUUGACCUCAUUCUCUCUCUCUGUCUCUCUCUCUCUCUCUCUCUCUCUCUCUCUCUCUCUCUCUCUCUCUCUCUCUCUCUCUCUAAGGAACGCCACGUCAGUACGGAAUAAGAUAUAGCUUGGAAUUACUUCUUAAUCAAUAUAAUGAACAAUUGCCU